UUCAGGAUGGCGCCGAACCUGUUUGGUAACUCGGCGACGGUGUAUCUGGAGGCCUCGCAGCAGAACGUUCAUAAAGAGAAAUCGACGACAGAGAGCGAAAAUAAUCAGAAAUUGCUAGACCAGCAAUCGUCGUCGCCUGAAAUGAAAUAUGAAUGGCAAAUCGUUUGGAGAAACGUGAUCGCGUUCUUGUAUCUUCAUAUUGGAUCUCUAUAUGCAAUAUACCUGAUCUUCAAUGGAACAAAAUUGUAUACAACGUUAUGGGGAGCCUUCUUGGCAGCUGCCGCAGCGCUAGGCAUCACGGCUGGUGCUCACAGACUCUGGGCUCAUAGAACUUACAAAGCCAAGUGGCCCAUGCGACUACUACUGAUGAUUCUCCAGACCGUUGCUUUCCAAAAUCACAUUUACGAGUGGGUGAGGGACCACAGAGUUCAUCACAAGUACACGGACACCGACGCUGAUCCCCACAACGCGAAGAGAGGAUUCUUCUUCUCGCACGUAGGCUGGCUCUUGGUGCGAAAGCACCCGGAAGUGAUAAAGAAAGGCUCCGCUAUUGACAUGAGCGAUCUGGAACGGGAUCCUAUCGUCUAUUGGCAGAAAAAGCUGUACAUCUUGCUGAUACCGCUCUUGUGCUUCAUACUGCCUGUGUGGGUGCCUUGCUACUUCUGGAACGAGACCUUAUUGAAUUCUUGGUACUCCUCGCUGCUCAGAUACACCGCGUCCUUGAACGUAACGUGGCUGGUCAAUUCUGCUGCUCAUAUGUGGGGCAUGAAGCCUUACGACAAAGCCAUUGGCCCCACGGAAAAUAAGACCGUGGCCGUUUUGGCUUUCGGCGAGGGAUGGCACAAUUAUCACCACGUGUUCCCAUGGGACUACAAGGCUGCUGAAUUCGGCAACUACGGAAUGAACUUUACUACCGCGUUCAUCGAUUUCUGCACUUGGAUAGGAUUGGCGUACGACUUGAAAAGCGUUCCCGCAGAUGCGAUUCAAAGACGAGCAACCAGAACUGGCGAUGGAUCGAGGUACCAUAAUGAAAAGGACACUCACGAGCACCCUGUCGAGGACAUGAAAUGGGGCUGGGGCGACAAAGACAUGAAGCCAGAAGAGAUCAAAGAAGUGAACGUCAUCAACAAGAAGCUUCGCUUACAGUAAAUACCACAAAUGUUAGCUCGGAUCCGCGUGUAUGGAAGCUAAUUCAUAGGCGAUCAAUCGUUUACGACGUCAAUUAAUAUUCAUUGUACAUGCUAUCAUGGGUCUGUCGUUUCCGUUGCUCCGUAAAGGGUCGGCUGUUUGACUGGAAUCGUUUCAUCUGUCAGGGACUCGUCAAGCUUCUCAAGAUGGGACACAAAACGAUUCGACACUUUCGUCUAUUCUAACUCGCGUCUUUUCAUCGGGAUCGAACUUUGGUCUGGCGAUGGUGCAAAAUAGAAAAGAAGAAAACGGAAGACGAGAGAAUAGCAGGACGAAUUUGGGGAUUUUCCACGCAGCAGUCGACUCUUUGCACGCGGAAUCGAAUUAAAUUCAUGGUCUUUCGAUGCAAUCGAUGAAGGCGUCGCGAGUCUAUGGUUUCUCGUAUUCUGCAGCGUCUCCGGACGGAAUCGGGUACCUUGCACAGCUGAUCGGGUGACUUCGCGAUGUCAUUUCGAGCGACCAAAUUUCACGUAACCAAAGCAAUCGAGUGAACUGUAUGUAUAUCGAUUGAUCGACUGGCAUUUAGAUACACGGAAGAGGCACUUCGCGCGUUCAGUUGCGAAUCUUGACGAUUGUUAGCCUAGAGUCGAGUGAGAACUUCCCUCGUGUUCGUCGAACAGUAGGCAGAGCCCAAUCCUACGAUCUAUGAAUUUUGCAAAAGUUUGGAAAUUAUUACUGCUGCAAAUGGUAGCUAGUGGUUCGUGUCUUGGAUACAGUACAGGCAGAUGCAAAGUAUUAAUUAAAUUAAUACGUAUUAAUACGUUACUCAUCGAAUCGUAUACCGAAUUUAGAAGUGUUCUAGACGAGGUCCAUCAGGUCCAUCAGGUCUACAAGCCAUAUCAACUAUUUUCACUUUUCGCAAAGUUACUCCGACCUAAAUAACUUUGAA